AUGAGCACACCCCUGGUGCUAGUGGUGUUCGUGGUGUUGGUGUGUAGAGGCCUUGGUGGAGGCAAGCAGCAGACCAGUUCUCUUAUUUCCAGCUGGGGAUUUGGGAUUGGCUUUGUUGCGAACACCGUGUUCCUCCUGCUACACAUCAACACCUUCUUAUUUCAGCCCCAUGCAAAGAAGUCGAUAGAUCUGAUCAUCAUCCAUUUAACGCUAGCUAAUUUUAUGACAGUUUCUUUGAGUGGGAUUCCAGAGAUUGUGUAUUUCUUUGGAAUUAGAAAUUUCAUGGGAGACUUUGGCUGUAAGGCAGUGACUCUUUCACACCGGGUGUGUCGUGGUCUUUCCCUCUGUUGCACAUCUUUCCUGAGUCUGUUCCAAGCCAUCAAAAUUGCUCCCAGCAACUCCAGAUGGGCAUGGCUCAAACCCAGGAUUUCCUCAUUUGUUUUCCCUGCCAUUACUUUGUUCUUGAUAACAAACUUCCUGAUGUACAUCCAGAUGGCACUAAGUAUGAGGGACCCCUACAAUGUCACUAACCUUGGACAGGUCUAUAAUCUCAAGUAUUGCGUAGGAGGAGACCCUAAAAAGUUGCCGGCAGCAGUUAUGUUUGUUGGAGAUGUACUGUGUGUGUUUCUCAUGAUCUCAGCUAGUGUGUACAUGGUCAAGCUCCUCUUCAUGCACCGAAAGAGAAUGCAGCAUGUCCACAGCACCAGCCUCUGUCCACGACCCUCCCGUGAAACCAAGGCCACCCACACAAUCCUGGCUCUUGUGAGCUGCUUUGUCUUUUUUUAUUGGACCAGCUGUUGCUUUACCCUCUAUGUAUGCUACCACCGUAAUCGACAGGGCUUAGAGAGUAUUGCACGGUUUAUCUCCUGUUGUUAUGCAGUCAUCUGUCCUUGCUUGAUGAUCAGAAACAAUACCAGAGAAUCCUUUCUAAAAUCUACCUUUGGGAAAAAAACAAACAAAAAUAAGAAGUCGUCUCCUUAG